CUUGCUGUAUCAUGUCGGACAGAGAGCUCUAAAACACUGGCGCAAAAAAUAUGGGUUCACCCUGCAAGUGUGUCCCAGUACCUUGCCAAAUUGUCUGGUUGGCUGGAUUUCUGACGCUUCUUACAUUCUUGUUCAGUGCAGUGGGAGCCGAUGAUAACCCUUGGUACCAAGAUUUGUGCAGCUACAAAUGGGAGGCCAUAGACGAGGACAGCAAAGUGAGGUACUCUCUGAAGCUUUGCGACUCCUCACCCAACACAGCAUGUGGAGACGGGGUUUCCAUCUGUGCCCAAAAUAUGAGCAGCAAGGUGCAGUGGUCAGUGGGUGACCAGUCCCAGCGGACGGUGUCCGCGAGCGUGCUGGAUUUCAGUACCUCCCAGAACUGCGCAGAAGGUGACAGCAAAGUGCAGAGCAGCAUCAGCUUCCAGUGUGGGAAGACCAUGGGAACUCCUGAAUUUGUCACUGAAUCGAAAUGUGUGCACUACUUUGAGUGGAGGACAUAUGUGGCCUGCAGAAAGGAUAAGUUCAAGCCACACAAAGAGGUGCCUUGCUACGUCUUCGAUGGAGAUGGGAAAAAGCACGAUUUAAACCCGCUCAUCAAACUGACGGAUGGUUACCUGGUGGAUGACUCGGACGAUGAGAUCGACUUGUACAUAAACAUAUGCCGUAGCAUCACCUCAGUGGAUACUGGCUGCCCAGAGGGUGCUGCUGCUUGUUUGGUCACCAGCAAGGGUAAAUUCAACGUUGGCCGUCCAACACAGCAGCUAGAGCUAAACGCCGCUGACAGAUUGAGGCUGCACUAUGAUGGAGCGUCCGACGACAAGCCUGACUUCUGCGGCGAGCACACCCCCGCAGUUACGGUCACCUUCAUCUGCCCAUCACGCAGGCAAGAGGCCAGCAACCCCAGGAUGACGGCCAAGACAAACUGCCGGUACGAGGUCGAGUGGGUGACAGAGUACGCCUGCCACAGAGAUUACCUGGAGAGCUCCAGCUGCACCCUGACCAGCGAGCAGCACGACAUCGCCAUCGACCUGACGCACCUCACCCUCGGCAGUGGAGAGAAUCCCUACUAUGUACCUGCCAAGAGCAAGGAUGGGAAGGACAGCUACACGUACUACCUGAAUGUGUGUGGAGAGACAAAGGCAGGUGGCUGUACCGAUAGCACGGGCUAUGUGUCCGUCUGCCAGGUGAAGGACACCGGGGACGUCAGGAAGGUCGGCGGCAGAUACAGGAAUCAGACACUGAGGUACUCGGAUGGGGACCUCACUCUCAUCUACCCGGGUGGGAACAGCUGCAGUUCCGGCUUUCAGCGCAUGACCAUCAUCAACUUCGAGUGCAACCGCACAGCUGGCAACGAUGGGAAGGGGUUCCCCGUGUUCACUGGUGAGACCGACUGUACGUACUACUUCGACUGGCACACGGCGUAUGCCUGCGUCAAGGAAAAGGAGGAUCUCCUCUGUAGAGUCACGUCCAACAAGAAGCACUAUGACCUGUCACCCUUAACACGAUACCCAGUAUCAGAGACUCUCCAGAAUUGGGAAGCAGUGGAUGGCAAUGCACCAGAGGCAGACCGGAAGCGCUUUUACAUAAACGUCUGCCACAAAAUCCUCCAGCAGGGGGUGACAAGCGGCUGUCCAGAGGAAGCUGCUAUCUGUGCAGUGGGAAAAGACGAAACCAUCAGUUUGGGGAAAUUCCUCUCCCCUCCCAAGAUGGAUGACAACAACAUCCGUCUGACCUACACCGAAGGAGGACAGUGCAGGAGCAACAACAAAAUCAAGACCAUCAUCACCUUGAUCUGCAAACCAGGUGACCUGGAGAGUGCCCCCCUACUGAAGAGCGAGUCCAGUGAUGGCUGCGUCUACGAGUUCGAGUGGUUCACCGCCGCCGCCUGCGUCCUGUCCAAGUCUGAGGGGGACGACUGUAAGGUGGCCGACCCCUUGGCAGGAUUUUCCUUUGACCUGUCCCCCCUGCGGAAGGCUGAGGGCAUGUACAACAUUUCCAGCGGAGAGUACGCAUACUUCGUGAAUGUCUGCGGCAAAGUCAGCGCCGCCAAAUGCCCCGACAAGGCCGGAGCCUGCCAGGUGGACAAAAGCGGCAACUCCUGGAGUCUGGGGGAGUUUAACUCCAAGCUGUCCUACUACGACGGGAUGAUCCAGCUCACCUACAGGAACGGGUCUCAGUACAACAACAAGCAGCACACCCAGCGCUCCACGCUCAUCUCCUUCCUGUGCGACCGCGGGGCUGGAGUGGGCAAGCCCGAAUACCAGGUAGAAGACGAUUAUACCUACAACUUCAGGUGGUACACGUCGUACGCCUGUCCCGAGAGGCCGCAGGAGUGUGUGGUGACUGACCCCGUGACCCUGCAGCAGUACGACCUGUCCAGCUUGGCCAGGUCUGACAGGAAUGGUGGGAAGAACUGGCUGGCCAUGGACAUGUCUGACACCAGCAACCUGAGGAAGUACUACAUCAACGUCUGCCGCCCGCUUACGCCUGUGACGGGCUGCGACCGGCUCGCCUCCGUCUGCGAGAUGAAAUACGAGCCGGAGGAGGGUGGCGUAUCUGAGAAGGUGUCGAUCAGCAACAUGGGUAUGGCAAAGAAGGGUCCCAUCAUCGAAGAGAAAGGGCGCCUGCUUCUGGAGUACACAGACGGCUCUGCCUGCGUCUCAGAAGGAAGGACCACCACCUACACCACCCGCAUUCACAUGGUCUGCCAGCAGGGGGCAGUGUCCUCCGGACCUCGUUUCAUCAUGAAUCAGAACUGUACUGCUACCUUCCUCUGGCACACUAGGGCAGCAUGUCCCAUAUCCAGUACCGAGGUCACAAACCAGACUUGCACUGUGAAGGACCCCAGCACGGGUUUUGAAUUCAACCUGCUCCCCUUGUCCAACGAAACUGGCUACACGGCCACUGGGAAUGGCAAGACUUUCUUGGUGAACCUGUGCGGCCCGGUGACGAAGUGUGGGACAGACGAGGGCAAACCGGUGGCCGGGUGCGAGCUGGAGAACGGGCAGCCUUUGGGGCGUGUGGGGGUGGAACGUUCUCUUCAGCUCUCCACAGACGGCGUGCUGACCCUCACAUACAAGGGGGACCUGAACAAACCCACAGGCACCAGGGACACUUUCACCAUCAGCUUUGUGUGCGACCAGAACGAGAGCCCGGGGACGCUGCACGUGCUGAGGGAGGAGAUGAGCUCGGCCGCUCGGGUCACCCACGACGUGUUCUUCGAAUUCAGGACCGCCCUGGCCUGCAUGCCGGCACCUGUGGAGUGCCAGCUCACUGAUUCACAUGGCAAUGAGUAUGACCUCAGUGACCUCAGCAGAGACGACAGUCCUUGGGUGGCCAUUGACACCUCUGAUCAGGCAAAGACAAGGAGCUUCUACAUCAACGUGUGCAAACCACUGCCCCGUGUCAUGGGCUGCCCUGGAGGUGCACUGGGCAGCUGUGUCAAGACUGGCAACAAGGGUGUGAACCUGGGCUACGUGCAGUCCAGCCCCCAGGCGGCCGCGGACGGCUCCAUAAGCAUCGUCUACCUCAACGGGGACAAGUGCGGGGACGACCGCUACUCCACGCGCAUCAUCUUCCAGUGUGACGACAGCCCUGGGUCGCCGGUGUUCGAGAGUCUGAACAACUGUGAAUACGUGUUCAUCUGGAGAACCUCAGAGGCCUGUCCGGUCCGCAGAGUCCAGGGUGAAAACUGUAAAGUACGGGACCCGAGAAGCAGCUACAUUUUCGACUUGACGCCCCUCUCUGGGAAGGACUACGAGGUGAAAGACAGACAGUACGACUACCACUUCGCUGUGUGCGGGCCGCUCAAACAGAGGGUCUGCGCACACAAGGACGCGGGAAGCGACCCCGUGUCUUCCUGCCAGGUGGAAGACAAAGUCCACAGGAUCGCAGGACUCGCCACUCAGAAUCUGACCUUCGAUGACGGGCUGAUAAUGAUCAAUUACACUCACGGAGAACGCUGCCACAAGGUUUAUGAGCGAUCCACUGCCAUCCUGUUCAGCUGUGACCACAGCAAGAGCAUGGGGGCACCAGAGUUCAUCAGAGAGACACCUGACUGCACCUACCUGUUUGAAUGGCACACGUCGCUGGCCUGUCUCCCCUUCAAAACAACAAGCUGCUCUUUCAAUGACGACCAAGGCAAUUCCUAUGAUCUCUCGUCCCUGUCGCUGCCGCGAAGCAACUGGGAGGUGGAGACCAAAACGGGGAGCAAGGACCGUUACUACAUCAAUGUGUGCAAAUCUCUGGUACCCCAGAGCGGUGCCUGGAGCUGCCCGUCCAGCGCGGCGUCCUGCCUGAAGAGCAAAGACCGAUAUGUGAGUCUUGGGGAGGCGGAGUCGGGGCCUCGGUGGGAGAAGAACGUCCUGGUCCUCAGGUACACCAACGGGGAGAACUGUACGGACGGCGUGCGCAAGCGGACCACCAUCAUACGCUUCAAAUGCGACAAGAACAAAGUGGACUCCAUGCCCACCCUGAUCACGGCCAUCGAGGAGUGCGUGUACACCUUCAUGUGGUUCACCGCGGCCGCCUGCCCGCUCCAGUCCAGCGAGCACGGGGACUGCAGGGUGACCAACCCCGUCACAGGACACCAGUUUGACCUCAGUGGCCUGAGGCGGCCCGAAGGCUACACGGUGUACGACCACGCCGACAGGAGGAAGAUGUUCCGGCUGAACGUGUGCGGCGAAGCGGCAAACAUGGGGUGUGAAGAGGGGACCGGUGUCUGCAUCAAAGACAGCCAGACCGCGGUGAGUGGCGGGAAGUUCUCCCAGACCCUAUCGUACCUGGACAAGGUGGUGCAGCUCACCUAUGAGGGCGGGGCCGUGUGUGCCGCCAAUACCGCCUACCAUCACAAGAGCGUCUUCAGCUUCGUGUGCAAGUCUGAGGGCGUCGCCAGCGACGGGCCGGUGCUUGUGGACACGGACACGGAGAAGUGCGUCCACUUCUUCUCCUGGCACACGCCCUUAGUCUGUGAGGAGAAGGUCAAAUGCUCUGUCUGGAAUGGGAGCUCCCUUAUUGACCUCAACCCUCUCAUCCACAAAACGGGAUACUACAUGGCAACCGACAUGGACCUGGAUGAUAACUCCCCCGACUUCUACAUCAACAUCUGCCAGCCCCUGAACCCCAUCCCGGGGGUGAACUGUCCCCCAGGGGUGGCCGUGUGCAUGGACCCUGCCGAUGGUCCUCCUGUAGACAUUGGUCGAAUUGCAUCCCCACCACAGAUCAACGAGGCCAUAGGAGAGGUGUACAUACCCUUUAGCAGCAAUACCCCGUGCCCAUCCAAUAGAUCUGUGAACUACACCUCCCUCAUCGUGUUCAGCUGCCAGAGGGGCACAGAGCUGGGCACGCCCCAGAUGAUCAGGAAGUCAAACUGCCACUAUGUGUUUGAGUGGCCCACCCCAGUGGUGUGCUCAGACUCAGUCACUACUAAGGGGUGCACCCUGAGCGACGAACAGCUGCAGUUCACCUUCAACCUGUCCUCGCUGACCGGGCGCACCUACCAGGUGUCCUCCGCCUCUGGUACUUACAAAAUCAACGUGUGCGGCACUCUCCCUGAGGCUGACUGCAAAGACAGCGCGGUGUGUCUGGCGUCGGGCGGCUUGAAAGCGUCGUUUGGGAACAGCAAGGCCAUGACGAUGGACUACAGGCACGAAGACGAGGCCGUGAUAAUGCAGUACGGCAGUGGCGACGCUUGUCCUCCAGUGACGGUGAAUGGAGAAGCCUGCAUCUUUCCAUUCAGAUUCCAGGGCAAGUCGUACUCCUCCUGCACCACCGACGGCAGGACGGACGGCCAACUUUGGUGUGCCACGACUGGCGACUACGACAAGGACAAGCUAUGGGGAUUCUGUCAGAACGCCAAAGGACAAGGCGAGAGGAGGUCCUCCAUCCUGUUCACCUGCGACCCCUCGGGAGCGCUGGGGACACCCCAGCUGCUGAGCGAGACGCAGGGCUGUGCCACCACCUUCCAGUGGGCCACCAGCGCCGUGUGCCCACCCAAAAAGAUGGAGUGCAGGCUGGUGCACCAGCACAAGACAUACGACCUGCGCACCCUCUCCUCGCUCACCGCCCCCUGGAGGUUCAGCCACAACGGCGACUCAUAUUACAUGAAUCUGUGCCAGGGCAUCUAUGGAGGCGCGACGGGUUGCCCCGAGGGGGCCACGGUGUGCCGUAAGAAACAGGACGGAUCCACACAGAGCCUGGGCCGGGUUUACACCCAGAUGAUGGGCAUCGGAGCGGAUAAGGUGAUUACGGUGAACUACACCAAGGGCGACACGGCCUGUGGCAAUGGCCGCGCAGCCAAAACCAUCAUCCAGCUGACGUGCGGGCGCACAGUGGGCAGCCCUAAGCUUGUGCGGGUCGAUGAGGGCGCGUGUGAGUUCUGGGUGGCGUGGGAGACGCGGGUGGCCUGUGCAGUUGAGCAGCAGGAGGUGGAGAUGAUCAACGGCACCAUCAGAGUUCCAGACACUGGGGCCAGCUUCAGUCUCGGUGCCCUUUACUACAGGUUGCACCAGGCCUCCGGUGACAUCCGCUCCAAUGGCGACAGGUAUAUCUACGACAUCCAGCUCUCCGGCAUCACCAACAGCUCCUCUGCCUUCUGUCUCGGGGCCAACAUCUGCCAGGUGAAGAUCAACGGCAACCUCCAGAGGAAGAUUGGCUCGUCCAGCAAAGCCAAGUACUUCAUUAAAGAUGGCAACCUGGACGUCCUCGUCCCCUCUGACUCCAAGUGUGGGCGGGACAUGUCCAAGACAGUCUCCUCCACGAUCCUGUUCCACUGCAGCCCGUCUGCCGGAGAAGGCAUCCCAGAAUUCCUCCUGGAGACGGACGGCUGUCAGUAUCUCUUCAUCUGGCACACAUCCACUGUGUGCAAGCUUAUCGCGAUGGACACCAGCCGUCAGACUGACGAAGGAGGGGAGGAGCAGGUGGGUCUGUCGGGGCGGAGCCAGGCCGUGGGGGCGGUGCUGAGCGUGCUCCUGGUGGUGCUGACGGCCUGCUUGAUCAUCCUGCUGCUGCACAAGCGCGAGCGGAGGGAGCUGGUGAUACAGAAAGUGACGGGAUGCUGCAGGAGGGGCAAUAAUGUCUCGUAUAAGUACUCCAAGGUGAACACGGAGGAGGAGGGCGGGGAGGACGAGAUGGAGUGGCUGAUGGAGGAGAUCGAGCCACCGGACUCCUCCUCCUCACGCCUGAGGAAGGAGGCGCAGGAGAACGGCCACAUCACCACCAAGCCCGUCAACGCCGAGGCGCUACGUUCCUUCCCGCUGGACGAGCAGGAUAGCGAGGACGAGGUGCUGACCGUGCCCGGCGUGCGGGUGCAGGCGGGACGGGUCGCCCCGCAGCAGCGGCCCCGGCGGGCGCUCAUGCGGGAGGAGAGCGACGAGGACCUGGUGGGGCUCCUGGACGAGGGCGAGAGGCGGGGCCGGCCCCAGCGCAGGGAGCGGCCUCGCAGGAAACGAGCCGACAACCCCGCCUCCUUCCACGAUGACAGCGACGAAGACCUGCUCAAGGUGUGAGGGUCCGGGCCCUAAAGCCCGGUGCCUCUCCUCUGACUGAUUGUCUCUGCAGGUGAUGCGCAACAUCUGCUCUUUUGAGUCCUUUUGGUUAAUUUUUUUUUAAAGGGAAGAAAAUGUUGUCUGUUUGUUGUUUACAGUCUUGGAAAAAAAGAUUUUUUUUUUUGUCCCUUCAACAAAAAAAGAUUAUUGCCUUCCUGUUACGACAGACAGGCCAGAGUUUUGGUAGCAUUUCACUCCAUUUAUGCGUAUAAAUAUUUAUGAAUAUUUAUAUAAAUAUAGACAUUUAAAUGUUAUUUCCCCUCAAGGCCCUCUUGCAAUUUUUCCCUGAAAAAGAGUCAAAUUAUGUAUCUGCAUAUGAAGUGAUGGCUUCCUAUUUGUUAAGAAGGUUGCCCAAGAGAGACCUGUCAGUAUUUCAAAAGAUCAUGUGUUAUUAACUCAUUAAAAAGGGGACAAUAAAUGCAUCUAGUGCAUCUGCAGUCAUAUGAAUUUGACCUUAAAUAUAUUGACAGUCACAUUUUAUUUGAUUGACACAAAAUGGAGGCAGAGUUGUUUGGUAUUUCGACUCCAUGCUACAAAUGCACUCUGCGUGUUAUGGCUUGUACUUUAAGUUACCAAGACUGGUAAUAGCAACUCCUCAGAAAAAGUGUUUUCUCUAGUCCUGGGACGUCCCCUUUUCUGCCAAAAAAGCAUGUGCUAUCCUUGCUGAAGGAUAGGUCUCUACUGAGGUGUUAAGGUGCCAUCAAACAUAUGAGGGUCCCUCUUAGCGCAGUUCUGCUUUGCCCCAGGGUUUGCCAUAGACUCUCUGUUAUGAGCUCAUUAUAAUCGCAAUUUAAGGAUUGAUUUCCUGGACCUCUGUUGUAUGUAUAUUUGUUUUAUGUUUUAAGUUAAUUUUUGCACAAAAGAAAUCAGUUGCGGAGGAUACCACAUGAAGAUAUAUUCGAGCUUAGCAGUUCUGGCAUUACAAAUGUAGUGUAAUGCACCUUGCCCUAACACACAUGUGCAAGCACACACGCACGCACGCACGCACACAUACACAUUUGGUGGGACAGUGUCACUCAGGUGUAUUGCACUGUGAGGCUGAAGGAAUUCCCUUAGAGAAACAAAAAGCCAAGCCCCUCAGCCACAAUACCUGGGUUUCACCUGGCUCGUCAAUGGGUGACGCUUAAAAUCAUAUCUGUUACUGCACUGGACUGAAACAACUGCAUGGGUAUUACUGAAAUCAAAAUGAUUUUUUUUUUUUUUUCCAAUAAAAGUGUGAGCUUUGGCAAUGGUCAGCUGGCUUAACAGCGACUUGUACUGCUGACCCCUCCUAACAGCAUUACACCUUUAACUGUAUUCCUGAAUGUAAGUACGGAGGCGGGAGCCUAUAUGACAGAUUGUGUCGAUUGUUUCGCCAGAAGCCUUCCUUACCUUUCUUGGAAAGGGAUGCUUGGGCCCUCUGUGUUAAGUUUCCUGUGGUGAUGUAAGGGAUCCAGCAGAUUACAUUUGUUUCAUUCCCUCCAUUAGUGCCACCUUGUCAUAAAUGCAGUUUUUCCAAAGCUGAAAAAAAAAAAAAAUCUCGACAAGAGACUCUCAAUCCUCACAGGUGGAGGAAAAAGAAGUGUUGCGAUGGAGCACAGUGCACUUGUAAAGCAGCUCACACAAGCCUGUAUCUUCGAUUGACAUGGAUCAAAAAGCAGCGCAUGAGAGGUGAAAUCGUACCUCUGCAAUGGAGUUAGUGUGAUUAUAGCAGCUUAAAACACGCAGGGGUUUCUGCCCCUUGCGAAGCAGGCUCUUCCAGAGGAAGUGGGACUCUGAAGCAGAUCCUUCUGCCUCCUCUUGUGGGGGGUCAGCGGGAGACGAACGCUUGCCACAGGUUCUAGUCUCAGCCGACCUCCCGUCUGUCACUGCUGUGAGUGCCAAAGCAUUUGGCUUGGUACGGCCUCGUCGGUACAGAGGAUAAGCUCCUGAACCC